UUGAAACAAGGUGGAGGGGCAUGAAAUUACUCUUUAAGGGGAAUAUUUGAUCUCCAAAAUUCUCUCGGGAUCAUUAGAAGAACACCAAGAGCUGAAGAAGAAGAGAUUGACUUCACGGGUAUUCGGAAGAAUCAGCGGGGUGCUACCUAUCAUUUAGUCGCAGAUAUUUCUACACCCCAUCAUUUAGAAGAAUGUGGUUACAGCUUUUCAUUUUUUGUUUCAUCAUUAGCGUAGCAUUGAGUGCUGAACCAAGAUUCAGUCGCCCUCAUAUGAAAACAUUGAAUCCGCAAGGUAUUCACUUCUACAAUGCUGGAGACGACCAUGAAAGAGGCAAGGUCGUGUGCUAUUAUAGUGCCUGGGCUUACACGAGACCAAAACCAUGGAACUAUGAUAUAGACGAUAUUCCCGGAGAUUUGUGUACGGAUAUCAUCUAUUCUUUUGUGGGAUUGAACAAUCAGACAUGGGAAUUGUUCAGUAUUGAUCCAGAAUAUGAUUUAGAAAAUGGUGGUUAUAAAAAAUUCACGGCUCUUCGGGGAAAACAUCCCCAUUUAAAGCUUCUUCUUGCUGUUGGAGGUUGGGCAGAAGGAGGCAGGAAAUACUCGGACAUGGUUGGAGAAAAAUCUAGAAGAGACAUCUUUGUGAAAAGCGCCGUCAAAUGGGUUAAAGAUUUCGGAUUUGAUGGUUUUGAUUUGGAUUGGGAAUAUCCAGGAGCAUCGGACCGCGGUGGAAAAUAUUCCGACAAGGAAAAUUUCUUAAAACUUGUAGAGGAACUAAAAGUUGCAUUUGAGCCUCAUAAGUUACUUUUGACGUGUGCUGUGCCAGUGGCUAAGUUUAGACUGCAAGAAGGAUACGAAGUUCCAAGAUUAGCAGAAUUAUUUGACUGGAUCAAUGUGAUGACCUAUGAUCUUCGUGGUAACUGGGCUGGUUUUGCAGAUGUCCAUAGUCCUUUGUAUAAGCGACCAUUCGAUCAGUGGGCCUAUGAGAAACUUAAUGUGCAUGAUGGUCUUCAGCUCUGGGUCAGUAUGGGUGCUCCAAAGAACAAGUUAGUAGUGGGUGUACCUUUCUACGGAAGGACGUAUACUUUGGGAAGCAAAGAUAACACAGAAUUGAGGGCGGGCAUCAAAAAGUGGGUAGGUGGUGGAGAACCAGGACCUUACACCAAUGCAAGCGGAUUUUUAGCCUACUACGAGAUUUGUCCUCAUGUGAACAGUGGGGAAUGGACCAAGAAAUAUGAUGACAUUGGUAAAUGCCCGUAUGCAUAUCAUGAUGAUCAGUGGAUAGGCUAUGAGGAUGAAGAUAGUAUAGGGAUUAAGAUGGACUACAUAAGAAAAGAAGGCUAUGGCGGAGCUAUGAUAUGGGCAAUAGAUAUGGAUGAUUACAAUGGAGUAUGUGGACGCAAAAAUGCUCUUCUAGAAGUUAUGAAUGAAAAACUACGAGGCUAUGUACCGCCAAAACCAGAUCCAAGCCAAACAACGGAAGGUUCCACCUUGUCCACCAGCAAAUGGUGGCCACCAAGGUCUACUGAAGCAUCAACUCAAAUGACGUGGUGGCCUCCAGCAUCCACUAAAUCAAGUACAGUAUGGUGGCAGCCUGACGCAUCAACUACUCCAAAACCAUCCAACAGUCAGGGUUCACCCUCAGCUUCAGCCGAUAAAGAUUUUGAAUCCCCGUAUGACCAGCCUGGAGCACCAGACUGUAAGAACAGAGAAACCAUACCUCACGAAGAAAAGAAUAAAUAUUACUGGUGUGUUGGUGGUAGACCUGUUCUAAUGCAAUGCGAGAAGGGUUCAUAUUACGAUCACAGCUUAGGUAAAUGUGCUUGGAAUUCAAUGCUUAGGUCUAACUUGUUGAACAUAGGAGGCUACCAUUAUCAAUUUCGUACAUAUUUAGGUAAAUAAGUGAAUUUGUUUAGGUUUAAAAGACUCACAGGAUAAUAGAGAUGGGACUUAAAACACAUCCACAAUAAGUAAUGUACAAAGUAAACGAAGCAGUGGCAUUUAUAAAUGUAAUACAAAAAAUCAGUUUUUGAAAUCUGUCGGUAUUAUUCUGUGAGUGUUGUUUUAAAUUGAGGAUGGAGCUUUGCUUACUGUUGUUGUUGCUUAGAAAAACAUUCUUGUGUGAUACUAGAUUUUCAAGUUUCUUUGUGUGCCAUAUUUUGUUGGGAAAUACCGUGUACUCUUCUGCCUUUUUGAUUCUUCAAAAAAGUAUUAAGAGAAAGAGUUUAUUUUUUUUUAUUUUUUAUAUUUUUAAAAAAAUAUUACUUGUUUUAGUGAAAUCAUUAUUUCAUUUUAUAAUUUGUCAAUCAUCAAGUUAUCAACAAUGAACUAGUAUAAACACGUUAUUAUCCUUUAAGAAUAUUUAAAAAUAAAUAUUUUAUUAAGGAUAUGUAUAUUUACUGUUCCAACCCUAAAAUAAAGUUGUUUUUCUUAUUUUAA